AUGUGGUUUGAAAUACUCAUUCUACCAGCGGUGUUCGUUUUGGUGGUGUUUUACCGUUGGGGCACAAAAAAUCAUGACUUCUUCAAGAAACGCAACAUACCCUAUGAGAAACCCGCAUUUAUUUUUGGAGGUGGAGCUGAGAUAGUUUUCCGAAAGAAGUCAGUGGUUCAAGUGCAGCAAGAAAUACACAAUCGACAUAAUGGAAUUGCCUAUGGGGCUUUUGACAAUCGUGACCCUAUCCUUAUGCUUAAGGAUCCCCAAUUGAUAAAACAAAUAAUGAUCAAAGAUUUCGAUCAUUUUGUGAAUCGUCGUCCAUUCUUUGAAGAUACGGAGAAUCUCUUCGGAAGUUCCAUAUUUUUGAUGGAAAAUGAAAAAUGGCGUGAUAUGCGUAGUACUUUGAGUCCUGCCUUCACAGGCAGUAAGAUGCGUCAAAUGUUUCAAUUGGUUUUGCAGAUUCUAGAUGAGGCUAUGAAGCAUUUGGAGGAGCAUUCAAAGGCUGCGACUAAUACUGCUGAAGGCUUUGAAUUGGAUGUUAAGGAUUUCACAAUACGUCUAAUGAAUGGCGUUAUAGCAUCAACAGCAUUUGGCUUGGAAACUAAUUCCUUCAAGGAUGAAGGCAAUGAGUUUUAUGAGAAAGCCAAAAAGGCAGUCAACUUUACACCAGGCCAGCAGAUAAAGGCCAUAUUUAUAACCUUGUUGCCAAAGGUAGCAAAGAUAUUUAGAAUGGAAAUUUUUGACAAGGAGUUCAGCCAAUAUUUCAAGCAAUUGGUUAUGGACACCAUGAAAUAUCGCCAAGAAAAGAAAAUACGACGUGCCGAUAUGAUUGAUUUGUUAAUGGGGGCCAAGGGCAUGAUACCUAGUGACAUACCUAAAACUAAGCAACACAAUUGGUCUGAUGUGGAGAUUGUGGCCCAAUGUUUUAUAUUUUUCUUUGCAGCCCUAGAGCCCUUGUCGACCACCAUGAGCUUUGCAGUUCGUGAAUUGCUGGAAUAUCCAGAUGUUCAAGAAAAACUCUAUGAAGAAAUCAAAAGCUGUAAUGAACAGUUGCAAGGCAAACAGGUUACCUAUGAGUUAUUGCAAAAAAUGCCUUACAUGGAAAUGGUUGUUUCGGAGGUUUUGCGAAAAUGGCCUGUGGGUCUGGUAGUGGAUCGAACCUGCACCCAAGAUUUCUCAUAUGAAUCCCCAGAGACGGGUGAACGCAUUGAAAUCCGUAAAGGAGAUUUUGUGCGUGCCAGCAUGAUUGCCAUUCAUAGAGAUGCAAAGAACUUUGAAAAUCCCGAUGUCUUGGAUCCGGAACGUUUUAGUGAGGAAAAUAAAUCGCAAAUAGACCCCGGCCUUUAUUUGCCUUUUGGUUUGGGCCCUAGAAAUUGUAUAGGAAAUCGUUUUGCUUUGUUGGUGUUUAAGGCAUUCCUUUAUAAUUUAGUAUUGAAUUAUAGUUUGCAACCAUCAUCUCAAACGGUUUUGCCUACGGUAAUGGAUAAGAAGACUUUCCAACUCAGACCAGUGGGAGGAUUUUGGACAUUAUUAAAAUCUAGAGCAUAAAU